CCCUGGGUGGGACCGCGAUCACUCUGACAACAAGGAAAUCGUGCUCAGAGCGCGGAUCGCCCGACUGGAGGGAGGGAACGGGGAAGAUCUCUCGGCGGAGGACACCUGGUGUACGAUCGCAAUUGUUAUCACAGCCUAAGGGAUCGCUGCCACCUGCCCGGGAACGGAGCUGGGCUGUGUGUGGUCUGGGGGUGAUCAGAGGGCCCCCCCGGGGGGGAACUUCCUCCUCCGGACUGUGCGAUCCGUGUGUGUACAUGGGGGGGAGGGGUGUCCAUACUCGGUGCUGAUUUCUCCCAGAUGAAGUCAUGUUGUUGGUUUCCUCUCCGAGCGGAGAGUGUGUAACAUUCCUUACGUAACAUCGCCGCUGUGCCCUGGGUGUUGUCUGCGUACAACUGGAAGUGACAGGAGGGAGGAGGAAGGAGAGGGCUCUAUGAAAAAGAAGCAAUCAGUAAGCAACAAUGUCAUCAGAUGGACUGUCGUCUAAGGCCCUAAAGGUGAAAAGAGAGACCGGGGAGAACACUCCAGUCCUCUCAGAUGAUGAAUUAAUGUCAAUGUCUGUGCGGGAGCUUAACCACCACUUGCGUGGUUUGUCAAAGGAAGAAGUGGUGCGGCUCAAACAAAGGAGAAGGACCCUAAAGAACAGGGGCUAUGCAGCCAGCUGCCGUGUAAAGCGUGUUUCCCAAAAGGAAGAACUAGAGAAACAGAAGAAUGACCUCCAGCACGAAGUGGAUAAGCUAGCACAGGAGAAUUCUACCAUAAAACUGGAGCUGGAUGCCCUGAGGGCAAAGUAUGAGGCUCUGCAGAACUUUGCGCACUCAGUGUCCUUAGGGCCCAUCACUCCAGCAAAAGUUGCUGCCACCAGUGUGAUCACCAUUGUGAAAUCCUCUGGGAACUCUUACUCUUAACAAAUGUAAAAUGUCUUUCCUUGUGCAUCCAGUCCCAUCUCACACCACCAACAGCUAUCAGCCACACUUCAGACUGCAGCUUUCAAAAGAUGUGGCUAGCAACCAGUAUAAGACUUCCAUAAUUGGUCAUCAAUUCUUUUUCCUUUACAUUUCCCCUAGGCUUACCCCUAUAUGCAUUGUGUUAUGAAAUACAGUAAUUUACAGGGUACAUCCAUGUUUUCAGUUUUGGGUGAAAGCCAAUGGCUUGAAUGGCCCGCCAGCUUUUUAUAAUGCAAAGAGAGCUCUUGCCGUAAGAUCUCAUCGCCUGUGUCAGUAGUUCUAUUCUCCGUCUGCAGCCAUUGAGGGGAUCCCUCACUCUUCCUUGUGGAUUCUUUGUUAUCUUGACCUGAUGAUGAACAUGUCAAAAGGAGACAUUACAGUGCCUACUGUGGGGAAACGAAAGCUUUUGGGGGAAAAUCUGGCAAAGGGAUACAAAAAUACAAAUUCAAGACACCAGUGCCAAUCCAAACCUACAAAUCAGUUUUAGGUGGGCUCAGCCUCAUAUCUAAACUACAAAAUUCCAUUCACAGCACAUUGUGGCUGUGGAACUCAGAACUAGUAUGCUUCUACAUGUUGGGCAGUGCUUUAGAAAAGCAUUGGAUUUUCUUAAAGUAAGCCUGUCACAAAAUAUUAUAGUCCUUAUAUCAAAGUUUAUUUUUAUGCUGUUUUGGCGCUUAUGCCAUCACACAAUGUAUCCUUCCUAUGUUAUAAUAGUGCUAGAAGUAAAAAUAAUCUUCACUCAUUGUUUGGGAAAAGUCAAAAUGCAGAGAUUGAAAUCCAUAUGGAUAUCUAUUUUGUUAUUUCACAUUUUAUUAUUUUUAAUAUAUUUUAUUUAUUUUAACAAUAUUUAUUGUGAUGGGCAAAAAAUUGCAUACCUGGCAGGUUCACUUAAAAAAAAAAGUGUUUGCGUGUUAUCUUUUGUAGAGGAACAUUCUACCAUUUGCUAGAGAUGACCCAUACCAUGCAGUGCUGGGACAGUGUAUAUGUUUGUACUAGCUUCAAUGCAGCCUCAUGUGGGUUGGUUUCAUUUUGUCUGGUUCAUAGGAUUUUGGUCCAGAAAAAUGUAUGCAGUGUGGGGGACAAGUUAAUAUAUUCAACAGAUAUGAAAGUAAUCGGUCAUGUGAAGAUGAGGAAAUAGGAAGUUGACGACUAAGGUGGAGAACGAGAGGUUGUUGGUGGAGUAGAGCUUUAAGAAAGAGUAAGUGAUUUAGAAGAGAUAUAUUUACAUAUAUAAUAUUCGCUUCAGUACAAGGCAGCCACAUUAGACCUUUUUUGGCAGUUUAAAACAUUUCCUGGCUGCAGAUCAAAAAGAAAAGGUCUUUUUAUAAAAACAUGUAAUUUCAAAAUGGCCAAUGUGGAUUGUCGGCUCAAUUAUUGUCUUGGGAAUUAGAUUUGUGGGUGCUGUCUACAGCUAGUAAGUGCUUCAGGUAGGAAGUUCCUCCUUCUAAGGCUCAGUUCACACUGGGGCGAUCUGUCAGGCGUUUAUCCGCCUGACAAGUCGCGCUCCAUUCAGUGUAAUGGGACUGUUCUAAUCAGUCGCUCCGACUUAGAAACGUUUUCCUGUACUAUUUGGGGGAGAGUUCGGAGCGGCUUGUAGUGACUUCUAUCACAAAAGUUGUUUGCAAGCCACGCUGUGUGGGGCGGCUUGCAGAGUCGGACGACUUUGAAGCUUCCCCAGUGUGAACCGAGAAGGGCUCAACUGUACGAGUUUUGUUGCAAAUAUAUAACUUAUUUGUUGCCAUUUGAAAUAUUUUUUGCAAAUGAGGCACUGUUCCAAAAUGGAUUAAUUUUCCUGGUCCCAAGCAAUUUUACCUCUCAUACAGAGCUGCACCCUUAGCCUUAUAAGAGACUAACUUGAUGCAUAUAUAUAAAUACAUAUAUAAUAAAAAAUACUGCUGUAGAAGUCACAUUACUAAUGUGAAAUGAGCAUACUGAAGCUGGCAAUGAAAUUGUUGAACAGUGCAAGGAUGAAGAGAAAUGUGUAUGCAUAUUAUUUUAUGCAGAUUUAAAGAAAGACUAGCAUGUAUAAAAGAUAGAAGGUAGACCUUGAUUCCUUCUGGACACAAAGAAUGGACAUCAACCUUCAUGAGGUGCCCUAGAUUGAUAAUACCAAGUGCUUGAUUGGGUAUGGGUAGCUGCCAGUGUCCUGGCACAAGAAAGUCCUCUUGUUGUACACUGAUACUGGUGCGCGGUACUUUAAUGUGUCCUUGAGACAUCACUAUAUAAUAUUACUGUAACUUUAAAGCUGAAGUGGCCAGUUAGGGCAUAUGACAAGUACCCCACUCCCUUGUAUACCAUUACUUAUGGUGAGCUGGGUCCGCUCCUUCUUUGUGGAGACACUCUAAAAUAACUUUAUUAGCUGCUUUAGGAAGAAUCAAUUUGACAAGCCAUGGGACAGAGAAUUCUCACUGCUGUGGGGUGUGAUGUCGCUGACCUCAAUAUUCCAGGCCAUUUCUCUCUGAUUAUCUCUGUUGCCAUUAUGUGCUUUCUUAUUUAUGUUUGAGACGUUUAUUUUUCUGUAUAUUUAUAUAUUUUUAUUUUAAAAAUAAUAGGGUUAAGGGUGGGAAAGUCUUAUUUUAAUUGUUGUGUUUUUUUUUUUGUUUUUUUUUGUUUUUUUUAAUGGUUAUUGACAAAAAAGCAUUAUUACUUGAGAUUAGAGUUAGCUGCAUUCAGGAAUUCUAAUUACAGAUGAAAAAUUUGAAACAUCAAAAAUAUAUAAUGAUAACUCUUAUUUAUAAAUAUAUAUUAUAUUAUUUAGUCUCUAUACCUGGUUUUUGGAUUGGGCAACUGGUUAUGUUGGGAUAGUCAUAUAGACCAGCAACAGCCAAAGAACCUGACAUUGCCCCAGCAUUCUGUUUCUUUACUUUUAAAAGGGGGUUUCCACCUUCAGAAAUGUUGCAUUUGUAUGUCUAAUGGCAGAGUCAGCAUUUACUAAGUAAAAUAAUGCUGUGAUUUUUGAGCCUCUUCUGUAUUUCCCAUAUGUCCCAUAAGUCGUAUCUUUAUGGCUGCUUGACAGAGUUGCUUACUCUUUGCCUUUUGAUAUACCACAGCUUAGCUUGGCCUUGUGCCUGUGUAUACAGCGUUAUACACAUAUAUAGACCACAGCUGCCUUAUUACAGAGCAACAUAGACAACUUACCUGGACAAAUGAAAUAACAUCUUUGGGGGAGAGCUCGGAGAGAUAUUGAAAAAUUAAAAUGCAGAUCAGUGUGCUGUGCUUAAGUAAAUGGUAUUCAUCUACAAUCCUAAAUGUGGAUUUAUAUAUUAGGCCUGGUUUACACUGGUGCGAUUUCAAAUGCUACUUGAGUUGCACUGAAUCGCAUGACAAUGAAAAUCACAUUGUUUUCAAUGGUGUCCUUUUACAUCAAUGCAAUGAAACUUUGGGGAAGGGUCCUGUGCUACUUUGGUGCGAUGCAGUGCAAUUUUUUUUUUUUUGUGCCCUAUAGACUUCAGUUGAAACGCAUCAAAAAAACACAUCACUUGUGUUUGAUGCGAUUCCUGUGCGUCCCCCCACCUCCAGAAGGCAUAGUAGUAGGCAAAUAGUGUCAAAAAGACACUAGGUAGUACUGCAGUUGUACUACCUGAUCACAUUGGAAAUUGGAUGAAAUCGCAGGGGCACUAGUGUGAACCACGUCUUAAGGUAAAUUCUAGAAGUAUUCUGUUACAACCUGUACAUACACUGUUUAUGUAUUACUGUUAUUUUUGCAAUACAAGCUUAAACACUCACACUGAUAUUUAAAUGAAGAAAGAAUACAAGCGCAUCUGUCUUUAAGGCUUGGUUCACACUUGCAGGCCCGACAGACCAUUCAUUUGAAAAGGCUGCUGUGCCCAUGCAAAUUGCUGCCUCCAAAAAAUGCAUGGGUGUGAACCUAACGUAACUGAGUUUUAAAGAUGGACAUAUUGCUAUGGCUCUUCUAAACAUCUUUGAUAAAAAGCUGACACUUUUGUGCUUGGACAAAGCUUUUCUUUCCAGUUUUUUUUUUUUAGCUUGCUAUUUGCUGGAAGUGGAAACCCUCUAAAGAAGAAUUUACUUAAUUCGUAGAGUUAGUAUAGCUCUUUCAGAGUAUGAUCCUGCUGCUUUACGUCUGCCAAUUAGAAAGAUCCAUUUCUGAUUUGAUUGUGUGUUUUAGGCUUCAGAUUUACCCUAUUUUAUUUUAGACCAAUUCACCAAAAAAAAAUGAAAGGACAUAGAGGUCCAUAGCAGUCCUUUUGCUGUGGUCUAACUUCCCAGUAUUUGCACUUUUUAUAUGGCAGUUUAUAAAUGGAAUUUUAUGUACAACCCACUAUAACAAGACUGGCAAACCUGCUAAUCAGCAUCUUGUAAACAUCCAAAACCAUGUUAUGGUCCUGCUCUAAAUGAUUUAAUUAAAAAAACUUUUUGUUCCUUUUUAUCUUGAUGGCCAAAUUUAUACAUCUAGAACAUACUGCUCAUUCAGAUGGAAGGUGUUAAUCUUCCCGUCCUUCCACUUAAGUCCAAUGUGUAUUAAUUUCCCAAUGCUGAAGCUUGGGAGUACAAUGAGGGCUUUUUUUGAAACGCAACAUGCGCUAUGACAUAUUACAAUUCAUUUUGCAGCAAUGCUUUCAUACUGUGGCUUCCACUAGUGGUGACUUCAUUGACAGAAGGAAGGUUACAUUUUAAUCAUUAUCUUUAUUUAUUCCCCUAACCUUUUUUCUGGCAGUGAACCAUCACCCUCUCUGCUGCAGUGCAGACUAUGGCUUAUAAUGCCAGCUGGGGUGUGAGUCCUAUUUCAGGUGUAGUAUCUGUGUGUUCAUCAGACACAAGUGCACAGUACUUAUUCUGCAUUAAAAUCUCAUGUAUUGAACAUUUUUCAUCUAAUAUAUAUGUGUGUAAAUAAAUAUAGUGAAUGGUAUUUAUUUUUCUGAACAUUUUAAAGUCCUUUCUAAGUGUAUUUUAUAUUGUUUGAAUAAAGCAUUUUCAUGUAAA